AUGUGGAUAGAAAAAGAUAUCAGUGCAAGUUGUGCAAAAGGGGGAGCCCUUAGUCAGCAAGUGAGCGAUGGUAUUGAAACUUUAAAAAGGAAUAACAAUUUUGUAUACAGUGGCAUUGGUAGAAAUAUGUUUUCAGAGGCGCAAAAGAGAAACGCUGAUGAGAGGUGCAGGCAUAACAAGAUGAACAGGUCGGGCAAUUUGAGCGGUCUGAACAGGUCAGGCAAUGUGAGUGGUCUGAACAGGUCAGGCAAUUUGAGUGGUCUGAACAAGUCGGGCAAUUUGAGCGGUCUGAACAGGUCAGGCAAUUUGAGUGGUCUGAACAGGUCAGGCAAUUUGAGUGGUCUGAACAGGUCAGGCAAUUUGAGUGGUCUGAACAGGUCAGGCAAUUUGAGUGGUCUGAACAGGUCAGGCAAUUUGAGUGGUCUGAACAAGUCGGGCAAUUUGAGCGGUCUGAACAGGUCAGGCAAUUUGAGUAGUCUGAACAAUUCGACUAAAUGGAGCUCAAAUGAAACAUCCAAAAGUGCCACUAAUGCGAAAGGGACAAAGGAUGUAAUCGAAAAUAAAACCAUCCUGAAAAACACGUCCAAAGAUGUGGAACCAAAGUUGUGUGCAAAUAAUGAAUCCAACUUUGGAAAAUUAGAUCGGGUUAGAAAAGCAGAAAGAAGUGAUGAAUUUUUUGGAGAAGACAAAUUAAGGGAGAAAAAAAUCCACACUUCUGAACAUAAAAACGAAAGAGGAAAUGAGAUGGAGAAAAUUUCCAACAAAAUAAGCAAUGUAUAUGCGAUAAAAGAAAACGAAUUAACCUAUCCACAUCGGAGGUGUAACCAAAAGAUGAUGGAUACAUGUGACUCUAAUGUCUCAGAUUGGAAGAAGAGAAAUGCUUACAAUAUUAAUGGAACUUGUUACAAAAAUACACAAUAUCUAAACAACAGCAUAUUGUAUAACGACAGCAUCAUGAACAAUGAAACGGUUAUGUGUCAGGAAUUAUCUGAGACAAAUAAAGUUGGGAAUGUGGUAGUGUGUGAAAAAGUAAGAGAUAAUUGCCAAAGGUGGAAUACACAAGAGAGAGAGGUAGAGGUGGAGGUAGAAGGAGAAGAGUUAUUUCAAACCAAUAAUGAUGUAAAUGUGAUGAUAAGUAAAAGGGAAAGAAAAAAAGAAAUAGAAAUAAGUUACACAAAUGGGAUAACUGAGGCAAGUAAAGAAAACAAUGGCGAGGGAGUGAAAGUAGUUCAAGAGGAAGAUAAGCACAUCGUGAAUGAUUAUAAUUUAUUGAAGAAGAAGAAGAACGAGUUAGAGAACAUGAAAAAUAUCAUUCGUAAUGAUAUAUCUACAUUAAUAAAAAACACAGUAAAUAACCAUUUGUCAAAAAAUGUAGACAAUAAAGUUCAAGAAGCAAUUGAAAAGAAUAUUAGAAAUUUUGUUGAAAAUAAUUUACUCCAUGUUGUGGAAAAAAAUGCAGAGAAUGUUAAUAAGAAAUAUGUGUAUGAAAAAAUAAAUGAAAAAAUCAGCAAAGAACUGAAAAAAAAUGUAGACCUAAUAUACUCAAGUGUAAGAAAAAAUAUUGACGAAAAUAUUAACGAAAAAAUGGAGAAAAAUACAGAGGCAGUAAAUGCCCAAUUAGAGCAAAGUGUGAAUAACAAAAUUGAAAAUAAUUUUGAAAAAAUAUACAAUAAAAUAAGUAAAAAUGUGGGUAAACAGAUGGAAAAGCAAGUGGAAAAUCAGGUGGAAAAGCAUGUGGAAAAAGUGGUAGAAGAAGCGGUAGAAGAAGCGGUAGCUAAUCAAAUAAACAAAAACAUGAGCGAUGUUCAAAAUAGUCUGCUUCAAAAUGUUAAUAAUGAAUUGUGCAGAAAAAUGAAGAUCGUGGGAACCAACUUAAAUGGCAAAGUUAGAGAAUAUAUUUCAAACGAAUUGAUAAAAAAUGUAAACUUGUUACACACACGAAUUAAUGAAAAUAUGAAUAAGGAAUUAAAAAAAUGCAUAAGCAUACUUAACAGAAAUGUGGACGAAAAUCUCAAUGAUCAAAUGGAUAAAAAUGCACAAAUUUUUCUCAAAAAUGUUUGUGAAUGUUUAACUGAAGAAAUUAAAAAUAAUAUGAACGAGAUGGAGAAAAAUAUCAGCUUUAAUUGGAAUGACCAGGUUAUAGAGAAAAUUGUAAACAAGUGCUUGCAACUUUCGAAUUCGAGUGAACAUGUUCAUACAUUUAAUACACUGGCGAUGGAUCACACCAAGGAAGUUGUGGAUAUGGUCGAAGGCAUGACAGGUCGAGUCAAGGAGGCAAUAAACAAAGCGGAUGUGGUGAUGAACCUAACCAAAGACAUGGUGGAACGUUCUAAUGAGAUAAUGGAACGUUCUAAUGGCAUAGUGGAACGCUCUAAUGGCAUAGUGGAACGUUCUAAUGGCAUAGUGGAACGUUCUAAUGGCAUAGCGGAACGUUCUAAUGGCAUAGUGGAACGUUCUAAUGGCAUAGUGGAACGUUCUAAUGAGAUAAUGGAACGUUCUAAAGUCAUGGCUGAUCUUGCAAGUGAUACCCUUAAGGAGAGUGUAUCCAUCGAAAUCAGAAGCUGCUUCGACAUGCUAGGGAAAGCCAUUCAAGAAAACAUAAGAGAAGAUUUGACAAUUCACCUGAACGGUGUGGAAAAUAGCGAAGAGUGCACUAAGAGGUUAGAAACAGCGUCUAUACAAAUGGUACAAGUGAUGCACACCGAAUUGACACGUCAUAUGGGAACACUGCGAGAAAAUUUGGAUGGCAUUCAGGGGAAUGUUCAGAUGUCCUUGAAAGAGAUUAUCCAAACUGCAAUGAAGGAGAGUGUGGAAGCAACAAUGAAGGAGAGUGUCGAAGCAACAAUGAGGAAGAGUGUCGAAGCAGCAGUGAAAGAUGGUAUAGAGACCAUUCUAUGGGACGAAAUACAGAAAAAUUUACAAAUAUCCCACAGCAUAUCGUAUGAACAAGUGAGAAACGACAUAACAAGAAGGAACGAGGAAAAUUUUGAAACUGUUUUAAAAAAUUCAAAGCAAAAUUUGGAUGCCAUCAUAAGAGGGCAAACAUCGCUGUCAACACAUAUAAGCAAAGAAAUGAAAUUUAUGAAGAAAAUAAAAAGUAACAUUAAUGACGUGAAAACAUUUCUUAAAACUUCCAUAAACACAUUUCAAAGGAAAGUUCACGAUAUAAUGGAAAAAAACACCUCUACUGUGAUAAAUAUGAAUGAAUCUCUGAUGAAUAAGAUUAAUGAUUAUUCUCCAAACAUGGAUAAAGCCAUGAACUCGAUGCAUGAACAACAGAUAGUCAAACUUGUUAGCAUAGAAAGAGAAGAUAACACUCUUCACAUUGUGCAAGAUGUUACAAAAAUUGUACACAACCAUCUGAAUCUUCUAGAUGAACGUGUUGAAAAAUUAGUUAACGAUAUUAUUAUCAAUGGGAAGAUUAAUGAGGAAAAGACUAACGAAUUGAUAAGUAGAAGUAGAGAAAAUAUUUCAAAAGAUAUUCUUGAAAACAUACUGAAGAAGGAAUUACAUCUCCUACUUACACAUGUAGAAGAACUAUUUUCAAAUUCUAAUAAGAGUAUAGCAGAACACUCAAAUAUGUUAAAUGAUUUCAAGGGAGUAAUUAAUCAGAACAAUCAAAAUGUAAUGAUGGAACGAUUAAAAGUGAUGAAUGAUGCAUUGGAUUUUCAGUUCCAAGAAAAAUCGAAGCAAUUCUUAAGUUUCAUUGAAGAGAAAUUAAAUCAACUUUUUGAGAAAAAAAUACAGUGCAUUAGAAGAAAGGAUGAUACCCAUGGGGCGAAGCAUCAACUGAAUGCUCAGAAAUUAAGUCAAAGGCGUUUGAAGUUUAAUUGUGUUAACACAAAGUGGGGUAGCAAAAAAAGGUACUUAAUUUGUAAAGAUGUGAUGAUGGCGAGGAAGGAGAGGAACAACGCUAUGAAUGUUCGGACAGAUGGAAAGAUUGGAAGUGUUUGGAAUGUUAGGACGGUUUGGAACGAGACGAGGGGUAAGAGGGCGACCACGACAAUGACGACAACUCCAUUUGUUGACACGAACACAAAUAAGGAAGCUCAUUCGAAAUUGAUAAAAGAUUCUAAUCUGCAGCACGACAUGAACUUACAAAAACAAUGCGCUAGUGGAAACAUCAAGGAACAGAACAAAACACAGGAAAUGAAUAGGAAAAGACCAAUUUACAUUGUCAAUUAUUUAAGGAAUCAAAACAAUGAUCUUAUUGAAGUUUCUCAAUAUCUGCAUAAAAAAAAAUAUGCAAGAAAACACACGUUUCAGGACAAUAGACACGAAUGUAUAUCCGACUAA